AAAAUAGUGCACACCCGCGACGUUGCCUGGUCGCCCUGUGCAUUCCCGUUUCCAUUGGUUAAACUCAGCUCGCUGUUGACUUUGUUUUUGUUGUGGUGCGGAGCCGGUGGGCGCAUUUCAUCUGUUUAUGGAAAAAUUUGAACCCGAUGCCGAAAUGAGGGAAAGUGGAGCGGCAGAGAAGGAGGAGACAUCCGAUUCCACAGAGGGAGUAGAGUCAAAAGGUCAAGACACGGUUUCCGCCUCACCUGCAACAUCGGAAGUUAAAGAUGAAACCCCCAAGGACGCUGCAGAAACUGGAGCCCAACUCGCGAAGGAGGAAGGGAAAAAAGCUGAAGCCCCGUCGCAGGACUUUGCUGCCUAUGAGGAGCACAUGACGUAUGCCGCGGAUGGUGGUGCCAUAUACACGGAUCCCAGCACCAAGCAGAAGUACAAGUGGUGCAACACUGAGAACAAUUGGAUACCCCUUUCCCCCGAUGAGGCAGCCAAGGCGGGAGAUCUCUACGAGAACGAGCACUACAAGUGGUGUCCCAAGACCGAGCAAUGGCUGCCCAAAACUCAGGAAACGGAAACGGAGCACUAUAAGUGGGACGAGAAGCAACAAAAGUGGCUGCCCAAGCAGCAGAAACCCGGCCAGGAUGUGGUCUACGGCUUGGAUGAGCAGGGCGAACGCACCUACACGGACAAGGAUGGAUCGGUGUUCUUCUGGGACACCGCCAAGGGCGCCUGGUUUCCCAAAAUUGAUGAUGACUUUAUGGCUCGUUACCAGAUGAACUACGGGUUCAUCGACAACACGUCGGCCGGCGAGAAGGAGAAGGCUGAAAAGGAGGCUGCUGAAGCGAAGAGGAAGGAGGAGGAGCUCAAGAGGAUGACGGCCGAGGCGGAGGCAGCCAUGGCUAAGGGAAGCGCGGAGUCCAUAGCAGUGGCACCAACAGGGAAGAGAAAGGCUCAGGAGCCACCAAAGUGGUUCGAAAUGGAUCCCACCCAGAACACCAAGGUUUACGUCUCAAAUCUGCCACUGGACAUCACCAUAGAUGAGUUCGCCGAGCUGAUGGGAAAGUGCGGCAUGGUGAUGAGGGAUCCGCAGACCCAGAAGUUCAAGCUGAAGCUCUACGCCGAGAAAGAUGGCCAGAUCAAGGGCGAUGGCCUCUGCGAUUAUAUCAAGGUGGAGAGCGUCAAUCUGGCUUUGAAGAUAUUGGACGAGUACAACUAUCGGGGCCACAAGAUACGAGUUCAACGGGCACAGUUCCAGAUGCGUGGGGAGUACAAUCCCGCUCUGAAGCCCAAGCGCAAGAAGAAGGAUAAGGAAAAGUUGCAGAAGAUGAAGGAGAAAUUAUUCGACUGGCGUCCGGACAAAAUGCGCGGCGAGCGUUCCAAGAACGAGAAAACUGUCAUCCUCAAGAACCUCUUUACCCCGGAACUCUUUGAGAAACAAGUGGAACUUAUCUUGGAGUACCAAAACAACUUGCGGGAGGAGUGUGCCAAGUGCGGGAUGGUCCGAAAAGUGGUCAUCUAUGAUCGUCAUCCUGAAGGCGUGGCACAAGUAAACAUGGCCAGUCCAGAGGAGGCCGACCUGGUCAUACAAAUGAUGCAGGGACGCUUCUUUGGCCAAAGGAAGCUAACCGCAGAGACUUGGGAUGGCAAAACCAAAUACAAAAUCGAUGAAUCCGCCACGGAGGCCCAAGAACGUCUCUCCAAAUGGGAUGAAUUUUUGGACGAAGAGGAGUCCGAGAAGAGUGAGAACAAGGAGCACAAAGAUGUGGCUGAGACUGAGGAUGCUAGCCCCAAGGAGUCCAGCAUUGCACCAGGAGACGCCACCCCCUAGAUUCCACUUACCGGCGAUCGUUUUCGUGCGGUUCAAGGAUCUCCAGGACGACCUCGUUGGCCUGCUCGUUCGGAUAGGUUGCGUUCCAGCGGUUGUAGAUCUUGUACCGGUUGGGGCCGCUCACCUUGGGCAUCUUGUGCUGGCAGAUGAAGCGCAGCUUAUCCGAGCAGGGUCGUGCCGACCAGCGGUAUCUGAGAUUCGGAUCGUAGACGGCACAGUUGUUCUCCCGGGGGUUGCUGUUGAAGAUAAGUUGCGAAUAGCUAGAAUUGUUGCAUUGAUUGAGGCGUUAAGUCAGUUUACGGAAAUAAAGAAACACAGGAAAGAAUA